GGGCCUGGCCGGACAGCAGGUGCUGGCACAGGCCCCAGGUGGGAAACGGGGAGGGAGCAGGUCUGGAGGGGGCCCAGGCCCCUGGGGAACCCAGGCCCCUGGGCCCCGGGAAGGAAUCGUACAGUGGCAAGGGUGCUGGGGCUGCCUUCUGCUCUCUUUGUCCAUAGCCUUAUGUAAGAGCUUUUCUCAGGAAACAGGAAGUCUCUUGCUUGCCAAGUUCAGCACAGGGAGUAGUGCAGGCCUGAUUCCAACACGCCCGGCCCGGCCUUAACCCCAGAGCUCUGCCGGUUUUUUGCUUCUGUGGCCGUGAUUUUCCUUCCCCCAGCCCCCCACCUUCAGUCACUCCUAGCAAGCCACCCAGAUCUCCCACGCCCGAGCUGGAGAGCCAGAUGGCGGCCACCCUCGCCCCCGACCCUCACCCCUGCCCAGCUUGUCCUCCAUCCCUCCUCCUGGCACCUUGCCCCAGAGCCAGCCAACCUUCCCUCCCCCCACUUCUGGGGCGGCCCCAGGGCUCCUGUGUUCAGGCCGCUCUUCCUGGGUGUCACUGGCAGCCCUGUCCUUCCCAGAGGGACUGACACCAGAUUCUCCUGAGACUGGGGGACAGGGGUGGGGUCUCAGGCAACACCUUGGCCCUUCCGCAGGGUGCUGGGAGCACCAGACAGUGCUCCCCACUUGCUUUCCUCCUCCCUCCUUUUCAUUCUCAAGUUCCUUUUUAUUUCUCCCUUGCCUAAGCCCUUCUUCCCUUCUGCACCAUUGCCCGCCCCCCCCAUCCGCCCUGCCACCUCCUUACUGCCCCACACCCGAGGCCACAGCUGUUGGCAGUGUCCCCAGCUCAUGCCAGCCUCCUCUCCUGCCUCGCCAGCCCCCCAAGGGCUCCCGGGUGUCAGAGAGGGCCCGGUCCAAGAGCCGGCACUCUCUGUUGCCCUCUGGUUGAGUUGGGGGGCGGCCCUGGGAGCCGUGGCUUGUGCCAUGGCCUUGCUGACCCAACAAACAGAGCUGCAAAGCCUAAGGAGAGAGGUGGCCUGGCUGCAGAGGACUGCAGGCACCCCCCCGAAGGGAGAGGGGUACCCCUGGCAGAGCCCCCAGGAGCAGGAGAAGAGCCGUGAUGACCUGGAAACCUGGAAUGGGGGGAGAUCCCGGAGAAGGAGAGCAGUGCUCACCCAUAAACAGAAGAAGAAGCACUCAGUUCUGCACCUUGUUCCUGUUAACAUUACCUCCAAGGAGGACGCUGAUGUGACAGAGGUGAUGUGGCAACCAGCUCUUAGGCGCGGAAGAGGCCUGGAGGCCCAAGGCUAUGUUGUCCGAGUCUGGGACGCUGGAGUUUAUCUGCUGUAUAGCCAGGUCCUGUUUCAUGACGUGACUUUCACCAUGGGUCAGGUGGUGUCUCGGGAGGGCCAAGGAAGGCGGGAGACUCUGUUCCGAUGUGUGCGAAGUAUGCCCUCCAACCCCGACCGGGCCUACAACAGCUGCUACAGUGCAGGUGUUUUCCAUUUACACCAGGGGGAUACUCUGAGUGUCAUAAUCCCCCGAGCGCAGGCCAAACUCAGCCUCUCUCCACAUGGCACCUUCCUGGGGUUUGUGAAACUGUGAUGGUGCUGUCAACGGUGGAAGGGUAGGGUGAGAGAUACUGAAGAUGGCAAAGAGCUGGCUAGAGAAAGGCCUGGAAUGGGCAGGAACAGAAGCCUCUUGGGCUUCCCUUUUCCCUUCCCACCCCCAUCCCCGAGGCUUUGGUUUCGUGGAUAUUAAAGAGGUGGAAUAUCUUGCUUUUAUUUCCCA